GGACCAUUGACAUUUAACCGGAAGUUACACAGAUUGAGCUUGUUUUGUUGUCGAAGUUGUUGCUCUGCGCAGCUCCGUGUGGGGUUCCUUUCCCAUCGCGAUUGGAGUGACUGAAGUAGUUUACAAGAAAAUGAAAAGUAGCUGAAAAUGUGCUCACCCUCAGGCCAUCAACAGUAAUCUUGUUGUUUUGGCUCUGGUAGUAGUGUGUCCAGAUGGCCGACGGUGAGGUCGUGAACGGCUCCGCUGAGAACCAGGAGGUGGCUGAGAAACCGGGACGUGCCUCGCUGCUUGAUAGCGGGGAAGACUUCACAAUGCUGGAUGAUAUGGAAGACGACGUGGAUGACGACCUCCCGCCGUUAGAAGAUGCAGGUGGAGGAAAGAAGAAAGACAGUUCUGUUAAAGACGCUACGAAAGCAGAUCAGACUCCUUCGACGGAACAGGAAGAGUGGCUGGAUGUUUUAGGAAAUGGGCAGCUUCGAAAGAAAGUUGUGGAAGCCGGAGCCGGUCCAGACAGCAGACCCCAGAGAGGCCAAAACGUCACAAUUCAUCUUAAAACCAGUCUUACUAAUGGACCUGUGCUAGAAGAGCUGCCAAAGCUGUCUUUUACUCUCGGUGAUGGGGACGUUCUCCAGGCGCUGGAUCUUACUGUACAGAUGAUGGAAAUGGGAGAAAAGGCCUUGAUUGAAGCAGGCGCUAAAUACGCAUACGGUGCCCUUGGCAGCUCUACUCCAGCGGUUCCUCCUGACGCUGAUCUCCUCCUGGAGGUGAGGCUGUUGUCUGCAGAGGAUGCCCCAGACCUGGAGCUCAUGCCGCCCUCUGAGCGAAUCAGUUUGGCCAACAGUAAGCGAGAGCGAGGAAACGUCCACUACCAGCGCGCCGACUACGCCUUUGCCGUCAACUCGUACGGAAUCGCGCUACAGAUCACCGAAGCAACUUCCAGAGUGGACAUCAGUCCACAAGAAGAGGAAGAACUUCUGGACAUGAAGGUGAAAUGUCUGAACAACAUGGCCGCUGCUCAGCUCAAACUAGACCACUAUGAAGCGGCGCUGCGCUCCUGCGUCUCCGUCCUGGCGCACCAGCCGGACAACGUCAAAGCCCUGUUCCGCAAAGGCAAGGUGCUGGCUCUGCAGGGCGAGUAUGCUGAAGCCAUUAAAACACUCAAAAGGGCCUUGAAGUUGGAGCCAAGUAAUAAGACCAUCCAUGCUGAGCUGUCGAAGCUUGUGAAGAAACACUCAGAGCAGAAAGGAGCCGAACAAGCCAUGUAUAAAAAGAUGCUGGGUAACCCGACAAACACAAGUGUGCAGAAACACAGUGCCAAGUCCUCGUGGAGUCUCAGCUGGAAGUGGCUUUUUGGCGCUACAGCCGUUGCGAUUGGCGGUGUAGCCUUAUCGGUCGUCAUCGCAGCAAGAAAUUAA